GGAAAGCGUUAUCUAAGCGGUAUUGGGUCAGCCUCUCGCAAUACUCUUUACCAUCUGCAUAACGGCCGGGAUGUUAUUCUUCUUACUACAUGUCGUCAUGGCUACGAUUGGAAGAGGUUCGCCGACGAUCGUUGUGCCAUAGACAUGGAUAAUUAUGACAGGUGA